AUGAUCCUUCCUCGAAGAACCUCCCUACAAUUUCCAAACUGGGAAGUUCGUGCAGUUCCAUCUGCACAUUCAGGGAUGUUGUUCAUGGAAACACUAGGGUAUCCAUUGCCAAGGACAACUAUAUGUGCUUGCUCUGAAUGUGGAGAGGUCUUCCCAAAAAUUGAAAGCAUGGAACAUCAUCAAAUGGUUAAGCAUGCAGUGUCUGAGCUGGCCCCGGAUGAUUCAAGCCGCAACAUAGUUGAGAUAAUUUUCAAAUCAAGUUGGCUCAAAAAGGACAAUCCGAUAUGCAAGAUUGAACGGAUCCUAAAGGUUCACAAUACACGACGUACGGUCCAAAGGUUUGAAGACUAUAGGGAUGCGGUCAAGAUCCGUGCCAAUAACAAUGCCAAGAAAAAUGCUAGGUGUGCUGCUGAUGGGAAUGAGUUGUUGAGGUUUUACUGCGCCACAUUAAAUUGUUCUCUUGGUGCACGUGGCUCUUCUAGCUUGUGUGGUUCUUUGCCGGGUUGUGGCGUCUGCACGAUUAUUAGACAUGGCUUUCAAAGUAGCAAAGUGAGUGGCGUUCGGACGACUGCUAGUAGUGGUAGAGCUCACGAUUGCCUUGGUUGCAAAGAUGCACGCCGAGCAAUGUUGGUGUGUCGUGUUAUUGCUGGGAGGGUGAAACAUGCUACAGAUGUUGUGACGACUGAGGAAGAUGAUGGAGUUGGCUUGUCAAAUGGUGGUUCAUACGAUUCCGUAGCUAGCUAUGGCGGGAUCUACUCGAAUCUUGAGGAAUUGUACGUGUUUAAUCCAAGGGCCAUUUUACCAUGCUUUGUGGUGAUUUACAAAGCACUUGAAUCUUAG